CAUUUUAAAUUUAACGAUUGCUCAAAAUGAAACUGUUAUUAAACAUGUAUUUAAAAUGUUGUUAAGUUAGAGCCAGCUUAUCUGGAAUGCAAGCCUCUUUAAAACUCUCAUUGCAUUUCGUGUAAUUUCCCUCUGAAUUUAGCUCACUCUCUAGAUGACUCUAGCUUCUAGCUUCUCUAUGUUAAGCCCAGCUCACUCUCUUCCACUCUCCCCAUGCAGUUACACAUGUGAAGUUGUGUGUUCGCUGUUGCAGUUUCCAGCUUCUGUGAGUUAAGCCUAGCUCACUCUCUUUUACUCUCUCCCUUCAUUUACAUGUGUGCGAUUGUGUGUUCGCUGUUGCUGAUUCCAGCUGCUCUGAGUUAAGCCUAGCUCCACUCUCUUCUACUCUCACCGUGCAGUUGUUUGUUCGCUGUCGCCGUUGUAAAACUGCAACAGUCACUCUCUCUGCUUCGCUCUGGCCUGCUUACAGACUUUCACACAGUGAUAAGGCUGCGCUGCUCUCUCUUGUAAGCGAAAAAAUAUAAAAGGGGGCGCAUGCGCCGCCCGCUCCCUCAUUCGCGCAGCUGCACUUGGAUUGAACACAUCGAGCUCUGGUACGGAUUCCGACUGGCGGGUGCUUGGCGCUUCCUCCUCCUCUUCAAGCCGAAUUCAUUCGAAUUACUGCCCAAAAUGACGGCCAACAGAACAACAACAACAACAGCUCAGCGUGGCGUCUAUAUCACAAACGAGAUAAUCAUCACGGCCAUGGACCGAUUUGUGUGGUUUGUCCUCCUGGUGGUCAUGUCGCACCUGGUCACCGAGUUCACCCGCGUUUCUGGCUAUGCCCGUGGCCAGCGCCAAGAGCUGGUGCUGCUCAAUGAUACUCUGCUGCAACCCAUGCCCGUUCAGAAUAUGGUUUUGUAUCCCAACCAGGAGUAUGGCCAGUACCAGCAGCCGCGUCCCUCCUCCGCGGGCUCUGUGCAUAGCCUGCAGCAGAAUGCCGCCUUGCUGCUGAGUAGCCUGGCGGCCCAGGCUGCCCAGGCAGCGGGAGCAGCUGCAGCUGGACCCACAUCGGUGGCCGGCAGCAAUGGGGCCCUUCUGUCCCUGGGCAAUGUGCCCCCACAGCCAGCCCACACGGCGGAGAACACAUAUCCCAUGUUCAGUCUGCGCCCGCUGAUCGACAGCAUUUUCGAGAUUCCGAUUUCGACACUGCGCGCUGUCAACAAUCUGGUGGGUCGUCUGACCGGAAGCUAUCGUCAGGCUGGUGCCACGACGGAACUAUCACAGAAAUCUGUGGCCGCCGGCACAGCUCUGCCCUCGGGCAGGCCCAGUCCUUCGCCCAGCCUCCUGCCGCGUCCUGGCCAUCCGGAUGCAGAGCGUCAUCAAAUGCGCGAGGAGAUGGCGUAAUUUUAGGAAACCCCCCACUUUUAGCUCGUAAUUUGUGCGUGUGAAUGUAUUUGUCAUUUCUGUCAGUGUAUGUGUCAAGUGUGUGUGUUGAUUUUCUGUGCAUUUAAUGCGUUUCAUUGUGUACCUUUUGUGAUAUAUGUAUGUGACCUUGUUGUAAGGCUAGCCUAAGGAUAUUUAUGUCCAAAAAUGAACAAACAAACAAAACAAAACACAAAAACAACCCCAAAAAUUAAGUCUAAAGAAAUAAAUGUAGAAAAAACAUGAUAUAUUACUAUGGAGGAUA